UGCUAACAGUGUCAUCAGGGAUCCACACGGACAUGAUCCUAAGACACAUCCUGCUACAUGCUUAUCUUUGUUACUGGCGCAAUUCACUUCGUUUUUCUGUCUCCAGAGCAAUGAAAAGAUGAAGCCUAUUUGCAUACGUUCGAAAGCACCCCUUCUGCUCCUCUGGAGUUUAGCAGCUUGCGCUUUAUCGCUGAUGUUGAUCGUUGGAAGAGGAAGCACAGCAAACCUGCAAGGAGAGCACGACGUUGCUUUGGAUCGAGAAGAGUUAUGGUUUGACUGAAAUUCCUUCACGUAGUGAAGGUUUUUGCGAAUCGAUGACAUAGAUAGAUAAAGGUCUUAUUUGAGAUCGAGAGCACGCGCUUUGCAAGGGACACUCCACAUUUGAUCCACGGUCAACAUGUCUUUUGGGGCUUUCGUUUUUGGAAUAUUUGCAGCUCUAAGCAAGGGCAGAAGCAACAUCUUUCUCGACCACGAUUGGGGGCUCUCCGAAGAGGCGCAGGGCAAACUAGAUUAUGUUGAGUGGAUGUAGCUAGUAUGAAAAUUACUCUCGCUCCUUCGUUACAGCUAAGAUGCGAACUCAUUGAUAUCAAAACGCAUUUGAAAAAAUCAAAAAAUUUGUUUUUAUCGACUUUAAUUAAAAUUCAUUUCUUCAUUACGCCUACAGGUACAUUUUGAAUAUCGACCUUUCAUAGAAGUAGCUACGUAGAGUGGUAUCAUGCGGCUGAAAGAAGGGAUGAGGCGGAUGUUUUGGGCGUUCGUGUGAGUAAUAUUGGUCUAGGUGAUGCGAUUGAGGGCGUCAUCAAGCAAGCGUUAUGGUGGUGCUUGCAUGUUUAUACAGACGAUACUACAUCGGAAAGCCGCAAAAGUACUACUGGGAUGGCGAAAAAGAGGGAAAGCGAGGGAGGGAGUAGUGGUAAGGCGACUACGACGAAGAAAGUCCGAGACCGAAGCAAUGCAGAGAAGAAAUUACGAGGCGGCGAAGGACGCGAAUCGUGUAAGAAGACUCACAGUACAACUGACGCUACUUGCGCAAAACAACAGGG